AUGCUUCUGGGAAGGGGACUAACUGGAAAUGUUUUCUUUCUUGUCAGUGGGAGUCGAUCUUCGAAAACUUUCAAACCCAAGAAGAAUAUUCCCGAAGGCUCCCAUCAGUAUGAACUCUUGAAACAUGCGGAAGCGACUCUGGGGAGCGGUAACCUUAGACAAGCAGUCAUGUUGCCGGAGGGAGAGGACCUUAACGAGUGGAUCGCAGUUAACACGGUGGAUUUCUUCAACCAAAUCAACAUGCUGUACGGGACCAUUACGGAGUUCUGCACGGAGGCAAGCUGUCCAGUCAUGUCUGCAGGACCAAGGUACGAGUACCACUGGGCAGAUGGCACCAACAUAAAGAAGCCGAUCAAAUGCUCGGCUCCGAAAUACAUCGAUUACUUGAUGACAUGGGUGCAGGACCAGCUGGAUGAUGAAACGCUUUUCCCUUCAAAGAUCGGCGUCCCUUUUCCCAAGAACUUCAUGUCGGUGGCCAAGACAAUCCUGAAGCGGCUGUUCCGUGUGUAUGCCCACAUCUACCACCAGCACUUCGAUUCUGUCAUGCGGCUGCAGGAGGAGGCCCACCUCAACACCUCCUUCAAGCACUUUAUCUUCUUUGUGCAGGAAUUCAACUUGAUUGACAGGCGGGAGUUGGCUCCUCUGCAGGAACUGAUUGAGAAGCUGGGCUCUAAGGACAGAUAAACUUUCCCUGGGAGGACCCUUUCGGCUGCUCCUUUCCGCUUUGUACGCCAGCCACUUCUACACUUCGCCUUCAGCGACGCAAGCCCGGAGACACC